UUUUUUUUUUUUUUUGGGAGUAACACGACCAACCAUCAAGCUGCAUUGCGAGACAUCAAAAGAGACCCUGGCUCGUUUUGCACCCAUGACGGCACACACAUGCGAGCGAUCUGGCGACCAUGGCGACCAUGGCGAUGACCGCGAGCUCCUCAAGCGUGCCAUGCUCUGUAAAACCGCCGACGCCGACGCCGACACCGACGCCGACACGCGCGCCGCCAUCAGCGCAAGUCCUGCCGCUCCGGAGCAGCCGGAAUCGCCCGAGUUCUUCGAAGGCACCGAGAAGCUUCUUGAGAUUGAGUUUGCCGACAGCCCGAGCUGCGACGACCGGGGACUCCGAGCCGUGACCGCCGACGAGUGGCAGGUCGUUUUGCGGCUAGUCAACUGCACAAUCUGCCGCACAUCCGCGCCCAGCAGCGUCUACAAUGCCUACGUAUUGAGCGAAAGCUCCAUGUUUGUCGCAAGACGCAAGAUUGUUAUCAAAACAUGCGGAACAACACGGCUGCUUCCGGCACUCCCCGAAUUCAUGCGGAUUGCCCGAGAACGGUGCGGACUGUCCGAACUGCAGGACUUGUUCUUUUCUCGAAAGUCAUUUUUGCGGCCAGAGGAGCAACCAGAGCCCCAUCGCGGGUUUGACGAGGAAGUGGAUUAUCUGCGCUCGCUCUUUGGCGCCCAGAGUGGCGUGGUCAUUUCCCGUGAUGAUUGGCAUGUGUUUUGCCUCAAUCCAAUCUCCAAACGUGCCUCCGGUCAUGCCGAGGUUGACCAAACGCUCGAAGUGCUGAUGACCAACCUCGAUCCGGUCGCCAUGCAGCAAUUUUACCGCACACCUGCGUUCGUCAAUGACGCGACGACAGACUUGACGACUGGUGUUGCAGGGAUUAUCCCCGGAACGACCAUUUGCAGUCUCCUGUUCGAUCCCUGCGGCUACUCCGCCAAUGGCAUCUUUGACGGUGACUGUGCUGGUGUGGAAGACGACGAGACGACGAGUCGACGGCGGGGACGGCUACGGCGACCUCCGCACUACUUUACCAUUCACGUUACUCCGCAGCCCGAAUGCUCGUUUGUGAGCUUUGAAACGAACGCGCCGCUCCAUCUCCACAACGAAAUUGUCGCUCGCGUGCUUCGGGUUUUCCGACCGAGCCAAUUCAGUGUGUCUGUGUUUGCAACACGAGCAGCUCUCGGCGCAGUCUCCCGCUGCCCACACGCCGGCCCCGAAGCGAGCAAUAAUACUGGUGACGACAACAACUGUGUGCUAGAGGUGGAGGUGGACCUCCAAAAACAACAACAACAACAACAACCACACUUUGCCGAAACCGAAAGCCUGUGCUUGCCCUCCGUGCCGUGCACCCAGAGCGCCCACACCUGGCUUGUGCCCGGAUUCGCUGUACAGGAUGUCUUUGACUGUGAUGCCUCCCUCCAGCGCCACAUUGUUCGCUAUGCAAAAUUUGCCCUGCCACCGCGAUGACAUUUUGCCGCGCUCUUUGUGCACCGUCUCGGCUAUGCGAGGUUUAGUCCAAACUCCAAUGUAAUAAAUGUACUGUACUCUGAGUUUCC